CUCGCUCGAGCUGCUCACUGGCGCCCCCUCUGUUCACUUCGGCAGCUCCCUAGCUGCGCUAAAGGCCGAGUGACGCCAGUCCGCUCAGUGGCUCUCCGCUGCGUGUAACACGGGCGCUUUGACCCCCGACGAAAUGCUCGGUGGAUACGACGUUUAUCUGCUUCUCGGCACGCUCGUGGUGCUCACCGCCUGGGUUUUGUUCAUAGUGCUGAAGAACGUGCUCGGUAACCGAAGCCCGGGACACGGAGAUGGAGAGCCGGUGGCCACCAAGGGCGACGCAGCGGCCGACAUGAGCUUCUUCAGAGACGGCAACGCAACAGAUGAACCCCAGGAAGAUAACAGCAAGCCAUCUGAGCCCACCGAGCGCCCGUGCAGCCAGGAUGUGAACCAGGAGGGACUGCACCACCCCUGCAGUGACCCCAACACCGAGCCUCUACUGCCCAGUGCUAAAGUCCGCCACGUCUUUGCUGGCUCUGAUGAGCGCGAAUGUUUCAUACUGCCCACCGCAAAUCACUUAGUGUCGAAGGAAAUCGGCGACGGGGCCUGGAAGAAGAGCGCCAACGCGGACUCGGGUGUCAAGGCCGCCUGGGACGGUGGCAGCGAGAAAACCGAGAUCAGCAUAAUGGAGGCCACCAUGAAUGACAACGAAUGGCUGAAGGCACAGGACGCCUGCGACGCUCACCUGGAGAACAAGGUGGCGGUAGAGAGUGCCACUGCUGCCACCACCGCUGCCACCGCCUCGUGUGACCCCGAGACGGAUCACUUGGCAAAGAAAGUGGCGGCCGUUUCGCCCAUGCAGCAGAACGUCGGGGUCACCUUCCGAGUGCAUUACAUCACCCACCUGCCAUCCCAGCUGAUCGCCGUCACUGGAAACAGUAAAGAACUGGGCAACUGGGAGAGCUACGUGCCCCUGAAGCAGGAGAAGGACGGCUUUUGGAGCGACUGCGUGGCACUGCUGCCAGAAGGCCAAGUGGAGUGGAAGUUCAUCGUGGUGGAGGACGGGAAGGUCGGGCGCUGGGAGGAAUGUCACAACAGGAGUUUGGAGACCGGCCACGAUGACCUCUACGUGCACAAGUGGUGGGGCUACCACUGAGCGGACCUCCGCCUGGGACUCGCAUGCACGCACUGCACUGCACUGAACUGUGGCUUCUUUAAUAGCUGGGGGGGGGGGGAUUGUUAAGCAACACGGUCAAGUCUUUAAAUUUGGGUUCCUAAACCACUGCGUCACUUCUCACGACAACGCAAAAUGUGCAAACAGCCUGGCUGCUCUCGCCUGCUCCUCUGUGUAUUAAAUUAUUAAAUCAGCUCUGUGCCAGUGCUACUCCAGCUUUGGGUGACGCUCUGACAUCCGAGGGUUGGGCUUGGGUGGGAGGCUCACGGUUCAGUUUGCGAUUCGCCACCAUAGUGAGGCCUGAAUGAAUGGCCCCACGCCUGCCCACCCGCCAUCGUUUCGUCAUCUCCGGGGUUCUUGUGCCACGCCGUCCAGCGGUGGUUUGUCGGGUGUGCUUCUCAAUAAAGCCAGUGUGGCUGAUCAUGGGACACUCAUUCAAA